UUCCUCUAUUUAUCGCACCAACAAACUAACCAAAGUGUAUUAAUUAACGAGUAAAACUGUUUCAAAUUUUUUUUUUUGUACUAAUAAAACCCAGAAGUUACAAGAUUUGAGAAAACAAAACACAAUUAAGAGUUAAGACGCAAUAACUCAUAAAUCCACAAAGAGAAUGAAUCCCAAAACCCUUGUUAUGAAUCUUCUCAUCCUUCUCCUUGUACAAAUCUCAAACUUAUCAGUAGUUGUAAACUCCUUAGAAGCGUACCACCAACAAUACUACCACAGAUCAGAGUUUAGGGUACCGCCAAAUUCGGUUGUACGAAUCGUCAUCUCCAAUGAUCUGUUUGGUCUAAAGAAUAAUGGAAAUGCAGGUUUUGUAUGCACAAACGGUAAUGAGGUAUGGAGGAAAAGCAAACCAGGAGACCGGUACGUUGUGGCCCAAUUCAAGUACGACGGUAAGAGGAGGCAAACUUCCACGCAUUGUCAUCUCCGGUCCAGAUUUGGAUUUGUGAAUUUUCCGGUUAAUAUUAAUCUGGACACAUCUGCUUAUUGUUACCCUAGCUACGUAUGUGGUUACUCAGUUCGAAAAGAUGGGGUUUAUUACAAACCCGAGAUGAAGCUUUAUCCAUGGACGAGGCAGAAGUAA